AUGGGAAAUAAAUGUAGCUGUGGGGAAGUAAGUAAUGACAAAUUAAAAAUAUUAAAUAGUAGAGAUGAUAUAACACUAAAUGAUUUUAACUUGGAUUUAAAAGAAUUUGAAACACAUUUAUAUGAAAAUGAUGAAGAAAAUUACUUUUAUCGCUUUGAAAAUAAAAAAUUGAAUAAAAACAUAUAUACAAAAAAUGAAGAAGGAGAAAAAGUAAAUGAAGAUGAAGAAAAAAAUUGUAUUAUAAAUGUUAGAAGAAUAUUAAUGUAUAUUAAAGAACAUGAGAAAGAUUUUUUGAUGUUUUUUAAAGAAAUAAAUGCAACAAGUUUGAUUUUUUUAAAAUAUUUAAUUAUGAAUUAUACUGCACAUAUAAUAUAUAUUGAUACAGAUGUUAUAUAUAUAGGUGAAGUUAACGAAAAAAAUGAGAAAAACGGAGUGGGUACAAUAAUAACACCAGAUCAAUGCAUAUAUAUAGGAGAAUUUGAAAAAGAUAAAAUAACAGGUUUUGGGUUAUAUAUUCAUUUUUCAAGAAGCAAAUAUAUUGGUUAUUGGAAGAAUGGAAAGGCAAAUAAUUAUGGAGUUUUUAUACAUCCUGAUGGUACAUUUUAUAAGGGAUUAUGGUUAAAUGAUAAACAAAGUAAAAAAGGAAUUGAAUAUGUAAAUAAUAAUUAUGUAUUUUUAGGAAAUUAUGAAGAAGGAGAGAAGAAUGGUUUUGGUGCUUUUAUAUGGAAUAAUGAAUCUAUGUAUAUUGGUAAUAUAAAAAAUAAUUCUUUUUUUAAAAGAGGUAUUUAUUUUUUUAAUAGAAGUAAAAUUUACAUUGGGAAAUGGAGGUAUAACUGCAUUCAAGGAGAAUGUGAAAUAUUUUGGUUAGACAAACGACAAUUUUUUGGUUUUCAUAAUAAUAAUUUAAAAGAAGGAUUAGGUAUUUACAAAUGGAAUGAUGGUCGAAUUUACUUCGGAAAUUGGUCAAAUAAUAAACAGCAUGGUUAUGGCAUAUUUAUUUUGAUUAAACAUUUAAAAGAUUAUGAGAAAUAUAUAAACAACUCAUUUAUGCUUUUUUUUAAAAAUACGCAAAAAAUUAAAAAAGAAUUUUUAUUAAAUCUUUUAAAAGAGUCUUUUUUUGACAAAGGAAGAAGUAAAAAAAUACUUGAGGACGUUAUAAAGAAGUGUAAUAGUUAUGAUUUUUAUAAUUUCCUAGUUAUCCUGUUAAAUAUAAGUUACUAUGAGGUUUGUUCUAAAUAUUUUGAUUUAAUGAAAAAAAAAAGAUUGAAUAACUUUAAAUUUAAUUACAAUUUUUAUGAGAAAAUAAAGUUUCAUCUAUGCUCCGCUACUAAUGAAUAUAUAAAUAAGCAGGAUCUUAAUGAAAAUAUGAAAUGUAGUAAAAAAUAUUCUUCUAAUAAGAGAGAUUUAUCAUCACACAUUAAUAGUAAGAAAUUAUUUGUGAAUAAUAACAACAUUAAAGACAAAAAUAAUUAUAACAAAAUUAUAAAUAGGGUAGAAAAAAAUGUAGAAAAAAAAAUAAGUAAACAAAUUCGAGAGGAAAACAACAAAUAUAUUUCAAUAGAUAGUAAUAAUGAUCUUAUUAAAAAUAAAAAUUAUAAAAGAUAUUCAUUAAAUAGUAAUAAUAAUAAUAAUGAUAUAAAUAAGUUUGAUUUUUCAUCUAGUAACAGUAAUGAAGAGGUAAGCUUAGAAAAUAAUAAAGAAAAAUAUUUUAAAGAUAUUGAACUUUUAUUAUCAUGUUUGAAUUCAAUUAAUUUAAGUGAUAUGAAUGAAAAGGAUAUAAGUUUAUUCAAUCCUCUAUUUAUAUAUGCUUCAAAUAAUAUUAUUCUUAAAUAUGGAAAAUGGAAAAAUGGAAAAUUAAAAAAAUGGAUAUAUUCAAGUGGGGAUUCUAAACAUAGAACUAGAAGUAUAAGUAAUAAAAUAAAUAACGAUCCUAAUUUUUCAAUAGAAAAAAAAAAUACAACAGAAUUAUUUUAUAAUAAUAAUUAUAAUGUAAUUAAUAAAUUUUUAAAUAAUUUAUCAUCUUCUGCUAUUAGUAAUAUAUAUAAAGAAAAAAAAAAAAGAAAAAAAAAAAAAUAUAGUUUAGAAGAACCUAAUAAUAAAGAAGAAGAUUAUGAUGGAGAUAUUGAGCAGGAUGAACAAGGAGAGCGAAAAAAAAAAGAAGAAAGUGGAAACAAAAAAGAUGAAAAUGAAGAGGAAGAAGAGGAAGAAGGAGAGGAAGAGGAAGAGGAAGAAGGAGAGGAAGAGGAAGAGGAAGAAGGAGAGGAAGAGGAAGAGGAAGAGAAAGAGGAAGUUGAAGAAGAUGAAGAUAAAGAAAAAGUUGAAGAUGAUGAAGAUAAAGAAAAUACAUAUGAAAAUAAAGAUAAAAAAGAUGAUUUUAAAAGGGAAAAAGAGUUACAGAAAAAUCAUUUAUCUUAUAUUUCUAUAGGUAAUAAAGAUAACGAUAUACUGCUUCACGAAAAGGCUUUAAUUCAACAUAAUAGGAAUAUUUUAUCUGAUAAAAGUGAUAUUAAAAAAAAAAAGAAAAAAGAAAUUAAAAAAUUAAAUAACAGCAAUUCAAAUAAUACUAAUUACACUAUUUCAACAAAAAACAACUCUACAAGUUCUUUUUCAAGCAAAAAUAUAAGUAGCAUAAAUUUAUCAUUUACAGAAAACAAUAAUGAAAAAAUUAAAUCUAAUGAAGAUAAGACUCAUAGUAACAUGAGAGAUGAUAACAUUAACAAUAAAAAUGAUUCAUUUAAUAAUAAUAUCAUUUCAAAAAAUCAAAAAUUUCUAGUUAAAAAAAAUUAUAUAAAUACUUUUAAUGAUGAAGAUGAAAUGUGCAAUAAUAAGGAAAAUAAUUACAUUGUUAAAAGUAUGUAUAGCAUAAAAAAUAAGAUCACCAUAGAGAGUAAAAAUUUAGAUGAAGAAAAAAAAAAUGGAAAUAUUUUUACUAAAAAAGGAAUUAAAUUAUUGAAAGAUACAGAACUUAAAGAAACUAAUUCAAGUGAAUAUAAUAAAACAAUAAAUGAAAAAUUUCCAAAAAAAAAUAAAAAAAAAAAAAAAGAUAAUAAUGUGAUUCCAAUUAAAUCACAAAAUUAUGAUUUACCAAAAAAAGGAUUUUCAUUAAUAUGGAAUCUCAAAAAGUUAAAAAAUGCACCUUUUUCAACUAAUGAAAAUAUAACAUUUGAAUCAGAUAAGAAUCAUAAAGUUAAACAAAAUAACCAUUUAUCAGAAUCACAACAAAAGAAAAAAUCAUUUUUCAGAAAAUUUUUAAAGGUAAACAAACACAAAAAAAAAAAAGAAUAA